AUGAAUCAGGACGUGGCGGUGCCCCCAGCGGCGGCUGCAGCUGGAGCAGCAGCAGCAGCGGCGGCGGCGGCGGCUAAUGACGCUGCGGAAGACAAGAACGCGGCCGCGGACUGGAGCGACUCGGCGGACAACUCGAACUCGCAGGACGACGAGUUCCUGCCGCAGCCGCAGGGCCCGUCGCUCUCGUACGAGCGCAAGAUCCGGCUGCACAAGUACGCGGAGAACCGCGCGCGGUCGUGUCUCGGCCUACUGGCGGACUCGAGCAACGCGCUGUGGAAGGUGCACGACUGCAAGAACGACAUCGGCGUGUACAAGCCCAGCUCCGACUGGUCCGAGUCCGUCUCGGCCAAGGCCGUGGUGUUUGCCAACGCGGCGUUCCCGAACGUGCUCAAGACCAUCUACGACCUCAAGACGUCAGACAAGUUCAAGCUCUUCAUGCGCAAGGUGCUGGGCGACAUGUUCCUGGACGCAGAGGUGCUCGAGGACCUCAACGGCACGGGCGUCUACCCCAGCGCUAACCCACCGCGGGACGCGCGCGAGAUGUACAAGCAGGCGGCCAUCAAGUGGUGGGCCAUCAAGUCGGGCACACUGGCUAGCAAGUCCUCCGACUUCUACGUGCUGGAGUACAUUGGUAUCGAGACGUCGGGCGGGGAUAUCGUUGCAUGCUACUUGUUCCAGGAAUCGCUGGCGGAAGUGGGCGGCAUGCCGCACAUCCAGGGCAACAACCUGGAGCGGUCUCAGUUCGACGCGCUGAUCUGCAAGUUCGAGCGCACGUCCUCGCCGGACUACAAGGACGACUUUGUCACGAUCUCCAUCGCGUUCCAGCGACCUCCGCCCAUGGUUAGCCUUUUCCGCAGCAACCCUGCAGUGGAGAUGGUCACGCAGCUCGCACGGGGUCUUCGCGACUUGCUCGAGGACCCGCCAGAGCUGCAGGAGAUCUCUGUUGUAAAGACGUCCGCUUGGGUGAAAGACAAAGAACGUCGCUUCUGCGUGCUUUGCAAUCGCCGCUUUUCGCCGAUCUUCCGGCGGCGUCACCACUGCCGGACGUGUGGGGAAGUGAUCUGCUGGGCCUGCAGCAGCACCAUCCGCGUGCCCUCGAUCAGCUUCACGCACAAUGACACAGGUAAGCAGGUGCUGUCGCGCCACCAACCGAGUAUCCGCGUGUGCAGCAAGUGCGUGGUGUCCCACCAUCGGUCGAAGAGUGGGAGGGAGCUGAAUAACCAGGAGGACUUUAAGGACUGGAUCCAACGCAGCACCGAGCAGCAGCAGCUCGCUGCAGGCGGCGAGCCGGGAGGUGGAGUGCAGCAGCUCCGACUGCCCAGCCCUUCGCACUCCCAGGACUUGUCAGGUGCUUUGGAAGCCCCGCUCGAUGAGAAGGAGCAAGUUCCAAGCUCCAAGGAGGAGCGUAUGCCUCGUAAGUACCCUCGCGGUUCCAAGCAUAUGCGCCGGGUGCGUCGAUCUCACUCCGAAGUCAGUGUCGAGCGCGCUACCGGCCACGGCCGGGAUAACCAGCUGAGUGUGGCCAAGCCCGUCGCCACAAAGAGCAAGAGCCCAGGUAGCAGAGGACGUCCCACCAGUGCUGGUCGUCGUGGUCCCUCGCAGGACCCCGUGCGGCAGUCUGUGCCACCAAGUCACGACAAUCAGGAGGAAGCGGAACGGAGAUCAAGUUCGAUGGAGAGACUGCCCGUUCAGAACAGUAGCAGCUACGUUCAUGCUGCAUCUGCGUGGGCUACGAACAAGACAGAAGUUCUCGCGAUGACUGGUGCCUUUCAGGAACUGAUGACAAAGCUCGGAGGUGAUGUCCAUUUCGUGGUUGUCGGCUUCUCCACGGGUUUUAGCGCUGAAGUAAUUGUUAACCUGCUUCGCCAGUUAGCUCCCGGGGUGCCCUACAUCGGCGGUACGAUCGCUCGUGGCAUGUGUGACGAGAACGCGUGGGUGUCUGUGAAUCGGCACAACGAUGAAGGGCUUGUCACUCUAUGGGGAGUGAAUGACCCCCACGGAAUUUACUCCGUUGUCCACGCCGAGUACUCGCAGAGCGACGCACAUGAAAAGACGUAUGCAGCGGCGAAGACUGCAUUUGCCCGUGUAGCAGGUGACGUGGAUGCUGGAGAAAAACCGGCAUUUAUCGCUACGUACGCGUGUCCGCUGUUUGUAGAGCACGCGAUUGACGGUAUCCGCGAGGCAAUUCACUGUCCGAUUAUCGGUGGAUGCUCUUCAGACGCCACAAGGCACGGUGAGGGUGAGGUAUCGGUCUCUUGGAUUCAAAUCAGCAGUAGCAGUAGUUCGGACUACACGAAGAGUGUUCGUGACGGGCGAGGUGACUGGACGGAAAUGGGCAUCGCGUUUGCGCUGUGCUUCCCGAGUGUGGAGACGUACGUCAGCUGGUUUAGCGGCUACAGUCCGGUCGGAGUAAAUAGCGAAUACUGCAUGGGCACAGUCACGAAGGCAUCGAACAAGACGAUCUACGAGAUCGACUGCAAACCAGCGGCGGAAGUCUAUCAAGAGUGGCUUGAUGUUGCGUCAGACAAGAGCCAGACUGAGCUCUCUUCAAUCGGGUUCCCUCGGCUCGGCAGCCUGCACCCACUGGGCACUACGAUCGACUUCGUGUCGAACCAAAUGGAGAUCGACCGCAGCAUCGACGCCAACUCUUCGUCCUCGCUCUGUUCAAUGCAGUCGAGCGAUUGGUCCAAGCUUAUCAACAUGACGGCGGUGAUCACUGGCAUCAACGAGGAUGGCUCACUGAGCACGACCAGCUCAGUUGCCUCCGGCACGAACGUUGUGCUGAUGGAGACCUCCGCGCAGUCGUUGAAGACCGCCAUCAACAAGAUGGGAGCACAAGCCGUGGAGAGCAACAAGUUCUACAUCCACGAGACGAUCGGCUGUCUGAUGUUCCUGUCGGCCGGAGUGCAAGCUCUGCUAGGCCACAAGAGCAUGGCCGAGAUGGUAAGUUGCCACUGCUUCCGCAGCCGCAGCCCGAGUCGCGGCCGCAGCUCGCGCGCGUCCUCCCGGCGCCACGGCGCGUCGUCGUCGUCGCGUCGCAAGCGCUCGAGGUCCCGCUCGCCGUCGUCCGCCAGCGGCGCGUCGCGCUCCAGAUCGCGCUCUCGGGAGCGGAAGCGCCGCCGCGCGUCCAAGUCGAGCGACAAGCACCGCAAGAAGCGCGCCAAGAGCGACCGGCGGGAGCGGCGCCGCUCGCCGUCGCACUCGCGCUCGCGCUCGAGGUCGCGCAGCCGCUCGCCCAGGAGAUCCAAGUCCAAGAGGGACAAGAGCCGCCGCAGCUCGCGCAAGAGCAGCCGCCGGAGCAGGAGUAGGAGUCGGAGCAGGAGCCAGGCGAGACGCAGGAGGUCCGAGUCCAAGGAGGAGCCCAAGGAGCAGAAAGAUCUUAAGCUAGAAGAAGCCGACGGACGCGCUGCCGAUAGGGAAGAGAAGACGCACGCUGCUGAGGUGAAGAACGACAAGAAGGAGCAGAAGAGUGGCCAGAGUCAGGAGAAGAAGAGACCUGCAGCUGCUGCUCCCCCUGUUGCCGUGAAGACUGGAGGAGCUACGUUGAAGAAGUUCAAGUUUAGUGGCAUCUCGUUGAAGUCGGGCAACGUUCAGGCUCCUAAGAAGAAGUCCGCGCCGUUCUUCAACGCGUUGAGCGGAGAUAGCAAGCCGCCGCUUAAUGGCGAGAACGCGGCGAAGAAGGAGCAGCGUGAGAAGCAGAAGCUGCUGAUCGAGGAGCAGAAGAAGGAGGAGAAGGCCAAGUUCCUGGCGGAGGAGGACGCAGUGCCCAAGCAGUUGGCUCUAUGGACGCCGGUGGAUGAAGAGAAGAAGGGUGAAACUCCCGAGGAGAAGAAGAAGAGAGAGGAGCUAGAGGCGCGCCAGCGGGAGCGAGUGCAGAAGGUCGUGGAGGAAGUGGACCCGCUGGACGCCUACAUGGCCGGUCUUGUGGACGAAGCGGCUAUCAACCAGUCGCGCGCGAACCCUGCUGCCAACGUGAUCUCCCAGUCCGAGAUCGAAGCCAAGGGCAAGAUCAAUAUUUAUGGUACGUUCCUGCCUCCGGAUGCCGCUGAGCAGUCGAGCGUGACCGCUUCAACGUCUUCGUCUACGGCUGAACCCAAGGCCGCAACUAGCGAGGUGCAAGAGACUCCUGAAGAACGUGAAGCGCGUGAAGAGCGCGAGCUCAAGGAGUUUAUGCGAGCGAUUAAGGAGAAACGAGAGCAGGAGGAGAAGAAGGCUGCGGAUGCUACUGCAGCCUCUACGACUCAAACUAACGGAGCUGGACCAGAAGAUGAAGAGGACCCGAUGCUGAAGAAGGAUGACACGGGACGCAUCUACCAAGGAUUUGAAGAAGAUAUUAUCGGUGAAGACUCGGAACUGGUGGACCAGCGCUCAGCUCUGGAAAUUCUGCAAGAACAGCAGAAGAAGAAGGAGAUCAAACCGGUGGAUCACUCGAAGAUGAAUUAUCUCGCGUUCCAAAAGAAAUUCUACGUGGUUCCGAAAGAAAUCAAAGACUUGUCGGAGGAAGAGGUGGAGGCUCAGCGUAAGGAGUCUGAAAUCAAGGUACGCGGAAAGAGCUGCCCGCGCCCGCUGCAAAAGUGGACGCAAUGUGGCUUCAGCGUUCGGAUGCUUCAACUUAUCAAGAAGCAUGGCUUCGAGGAACCGUUCGCUAUCCAAAAGCAGGCACUGCCGGCGAUUAUGUCUGGACGUGAUGUCAUCGGCAUUGCCAAGACGGGUUCAGGCAAGACGUUGGCGUUCCUUCUUCCUAUGUUCCGUCACAUUCUGGCUCAACCCCCACUCCAAGAGAAUGAGGGACCGAUUGGUAUCAUCAUGGCGCCCGCUCGAGAACUUGCUCAGCAAAUUUACAUGGAGACCCGGAAGUUUUCGAAGGGUCUAGGAUUGCGCGCUACGGCUGUUUAUGGUGGAUCCUCGGUCUCAGAACAGAUCGCUAACCUGAAACGUGGCUCCGAUAUCGUGAUUUGCACGCCAGGCCGCAUGAUCGAUAUUUUGUGCAUGAGUGCGGGUAAAAUGGUAUCGCUCCAGCGUGUUACGUACGUGGUGCUAGAUGAAGCUGAUCGGAUGUUCGACAUGGGCUUCGAGCCGCAGAUUACGAAGAUUAUGAUGAACAUUCGGCCAGAUCGACAGACAUUAUUGUUCUCGGCAACUUUUCCUCGCUCGGUGGAAUCUCUCGCGCGUAAAGUACUGCGGAAACCAGUUGAAAUUACCGUGGGCACACGCAGCACGGCGUCAGGCGAUAUCACGCAAUAUGUUGAAGUGCGCGAAGAGGACGACAAGUUCAUGCGACUCCUUCAACUCUUGGGUCUGUGGUAUGAGAAGGGAAACAUUCUUGUGUUUGUAAACAAACAGCAAGCAUGCGACCAGAUCUUCCAGGACUUGAUGAAGGCUGGAUACCCUGCGCUAUCGCUGCACGGUGGAAAGGAUCAAGUCGAUCGAGACUACACCAUCGAUGACUUCAAACGGAAGGUGCGGACCGUGAUGGUGGCGACAUCUGUCGCUGGUCGGGGUCUUGACGUGAAGGAUUUGGUUCUUGUCAUCAAUUACCAUUGCCCGAAUCACAUGGAAGACUAUGUCCAUCGCGUGGGACGAACCGGACGAGCUGGGCGUAAGGGUACUGCUUACACCUUCAUCUCUCCAGAUGAGGAGGAGUACUCGGUGGAUCUCGUGAAGGCGCUUGAAAACGCUAAACAAACUGUCCCGCCCGAGCUGACGCAACUAGCGGAAGCAUUCAAGGAGAAGGUUAAGCGCGGUGAAGCAAGGUAUCACGGCAGUGGCUUUAAGGGCAAGGGCUUCACGUUCGAUGAAACGGAGCGGAACGAGACCCAGCGCACGGCAGAUCUUCAAAAACGCCAAUAUGAAUUGGACAAUGGCAUUUUGGUUGAGGAUAACGCUGCCGCCGAUGAUGACGAUGCAGACGAGCCGAGCAAGGAGAACUCUGUUGCUGCGACUGACAAGCCAUCAUUGCCUGCCGUGGCAAAGCAGCUACCUGUCGACAGCGAAGCAAUGUCCGCCUUCAUCAAAGCUCAGAAAAUCAUCCAGAACCUCGAUCUGCAGUACAAGGGUAAUGGCGACGGCUCUGGCGAGAACCACUUCGUUGAGGAGCUUGAGAUUAAUGACUAUCCUCAGCAGGCACGCUGGAGAGUCACUCAGAAAGAGGCAAGCGACUCGGUGGCGGAGCUCACUGGCGCAGCGGUUAUUGCGAGAGGGUCGUAUAUUCCUGCUGGCCGCAAGCCGAAUCCAUCGGAACGGAAACUUUACUUGGCUAUCGAGGGUCCAACACAAGCUUCCGUUAUCGAGGCCAGGCGGGAACUGCAACGCAUCCUGGACGAAACUACGAUGCAAGUCGGCCUGGGUGGCGACAAAUACGGGAAGUACAGUUUGUAA